UUGGACCUCAGAACUCUUCGUUGCUCUUUGAGGCAUCAAAAAGCCAAGAUGUUGGUAUUACUGGCUGGGAUCUUUGUGGUCCACAUCGCCACUGUCAUCAUGUUAUUUGUCUCCACCAUUGCCAAUGUCUGGGUGGUUUCGGAUAUUAUGCAAGCAUCAGUUGGUCUUUGGAAAAACUGUACGAGUGGCGGCUGUGAAAGCAUCCUGUCCUAUGCCAGUGAAGACGCCCUCAAGGCGGUGCAGGCCUUCAUGAUCCUUUCCAUCAUCUUCUCCGUCAUCUCCCUCGUGGUCUUCGUGUUCCAGCUCUUCACCAUGGAGAAGGGAAACCGCUUCUUCCUCUCGGGGGCCACCAUGCUCGUGUGCUGGUUGUGCGUUAUGGUUGGGGUGUCCAUCUAUACUCAUCACUAUGCCAGUGGUUAUGGAACCAACUACUUGACCAGUCACCAUGGCUACUCCUUCAUCCUCACCUGGAUCUGCUUCUGCUUUAGCUUCAUCAUUGGUGUGCUCUAUCUAGUCCUGAGGAAGAAAUAAGGCCGAACAAAUUCACGGGGAUCCGGGGGGUGGGGAGAAGGAAGCCGUUGAAUCUGGGAGGGAAGCGGGAGAUGCUCUGCAGGAAAAACCGAGAGCGGGGGUGGGGGGAGGGGAAGU